UAUGAAUUUUAUUUUUACACAUAAAAAUGAGAAAAUACACAGAAAAACCCUAAACCCUAAAUUCCCUCUAUCCCUUCGUUUCUUCUUCUUAUUCUCCUCAAUCUCCGGCCACCGCCACGGUAAUAGUACCAGUCGCCGUCGAUCUCACUCUCCUCACUCCACCACUGUGUGUGUUCAUCUCUUUCACAUAAAACCAUGAGAAAGCCCAAAUCCAAGUCCUUACGCAACCAAAACAGACUCUCAGAGGUUAACGAAAUCCAACUUCUCAACUCAUGGAUUGAAUCGCAGAAGCCUGAUUCCGGUUCCAACCCAUUAGCUCUUCCUCCUCUCCGCUCUGGCGAACCCGUUGGCCGAAUCGAUGGCUCAUUAUUCUCCCGCUACUCGGGAGUAACCAUGUUCGACCAGUUGCCGAUUUCUCAGAAGACAAAGGAUGGUUUGAAGGAGUCAAAAUACAUUAAGAUGACUGAUAUUCAAAGAGCGGCUUUGCCUCAUGCUCUCUGCGGUAGGGACAUUCUCGGCGCGGCGAAAACCGGUUCCGGGAAAACUCUUGCAUUUAUUAUUCCGGUUUUGGAGAAACUGUAUCGCGAGAGAUAUAACCGUGAGGAUGGAGUUGGCAGCAUUAUUCUGUCUCCCACAAGGGAAUUAGCUAAUCAAACUUUUGAUGUAUUAAGAUCAGUUGGAAGGCACCAUAAUUUUAGUGCUGGUCUUCUAAUUGGUGGUCACAAAGAUGUAGACAUGGAGAAAGAGCAUGUGAACGAUAUGAAUAUAUUGGUCUGCACUCCUGGUCGUCUUCUUCAACACAUGGAUCAGACUGUAAAUUUUGAUUGCUCACAACUUCAGGUUUUGAUCCUUGAUGAGGCAGAUCGCAUUCUUGAUGUCGGUUUUAAGAAAGCUGUAAAUGCCAUCAUUUCACAGCUACCGAAGAAAAGGCAAACGUUUCUCUUUUCUGCAACUCAAACGAAAUCUGUUCAAGACCUUGCAAGACUUAGUUUAAAGGAUCCAGAGUACCUUAGUGUGCAUGAGGAGUCUGAUACAGCCACUCCUACGAGUUUGAACCAACGAGCAAUUAUUGUUCCUGCAGAACAUAAGUUAGACAUGUUGUGGAGUUUCAUAAAGUCAAAUCUUAACUCUAAGAUCUUAGUGUUCUUCGCAAGUCGCAAACAGGUAACAUUUGUCUUUGAAGCGUUCAAAAAGCUCCGUCCUGGAAUACCCUUGAAAUGUCUUCAUGGAAAAAUGAAGCAGAUAAAAAGAAUGGCUAUAUAUUCUCAUUUCUGUGAGGAAAAACGAUCUGUUCUGUUCUGCACCGAUGUAGGUUCAAGAGGCCUUGAUUUUAACAAGGCUGUUAACUGGGUUGUUCAGGUGGAUUGCCCUGAUGACAUUAAAACUUACAUACAUAGAGUUGGUCGGACUGCUCGAUAUGAUUCUUGCGGGAAAUCAGUUAUGUUUCUUUUGCCAUCAGAAAAAACAAUGCUCGAUAAAUUGCGAGAAGAGAAAAUACCCAUAAAAACUUAUAAGGUAAAACUAGACAGAGUGCAACAAGUUACGGGGCUGUUAUCAGCUUUGCUAGUCAAGUAUCCAGAGUUGCUACCUAAAGCUCAAAGGGCUGUCACAACAUAUGUACGGUCUAUUCUUAAAAAUCGAGACAAAGAGAUUUUCGAUGUGAUGAAACUGCCAGUUGAUGGGUUUUCAGCAUCAUUGGGUCUUCCGUUAACUCCAAAACUGCGUUUUCUAAAUCAAAAAAUUAAGAAAGGGAAUAAUAUAGUAGGAAAACCUUCUCUUGUCGAACCAGAAGAUUCUACUGAUGAGGAUGAGGAUGAACUCGAUCUUCCUGGAGAAGAACUUGAUAUCAGUGAAUUCAAGACAAAGGAAGUGGACGACACCAAUGUGGUUCUCGUAGACAACACCAAAAUUGAAGAUGGUUCAGCAAGCAAAAUCGCAGAUGUCGUACCACCGACUAGAGUCUUGAAGAAAAAGAAGUUGAAGAUCAAUGUGCAUCGACCCGUGGGAACCAGAGUUGUCUUUGAUGAGGAGGGCAACUCAUUACCUCCACUUGCAAGGGUAGCUCACAUGAACGGUAGCGAUUCAGCGCUGCUUGAUCAAGAAAAGAAGAAAGAAUUUUACAAAAAUUUGAGGGAAGAGAUGAAGCUUGCGGACAAAGAAGACAAGCUCCUCGAACGCCAGCGUCUCCAAGAAAAGAGAACUAAGGAGAAGAUGAAAAGAAAAGGUAGACUAGAAGAUGAAGAAGAAGAUGAUGGCGAGGACGACUCUGAUGAAGAAGAAUCUAGGAAGAAGAAGGGCGCUAAAAGAUCGAAGAAGUACUUCGAUAGCGAGAGUGAUGACGGAGAAGACAAUGGGGGUAAAGCUAGUAUCAACACUGACGCAAUAUCGUUACAGGAGCAAGAAGCUUUGGCUCUCAAAUUGCUAAGCUCGAUGAACAAAAUUUAAGAGGGAAACAAACAUGGAUCGAUCGGGUAUUGAAAUCUAAUCUAAACCUGCCUAGUCCAACCAAUUUUGUCUAAAUAUUUAAUUUACUGUUUGAGCUUUACAAGUUGAAUUUUGUUAAUAUAUUCAAUUUACUAAUCCUUGUUUUCAUAAUUAAUAGAGUGCUUUGACACUGACAGACAAGUUGUAUUGUACCAAUUUUGCUUUUAGUAUAAUAGAAAGAUGAGAUCAUGAGAGUGCUCACUUUGUUUUCCA